AUGGAAGACCAAUUGGCUACUUUUCUUAAACAAGCCAUUGAUAGAGGUCCUAGUGAAGAUAUUAAUAGAAUCACAGUCCUCAAUCACAUCAGGAGGAACCCUGUAGAAUAUUUACAGUUUUGUCACUUACCACUAAACACUUUCCACAGCCUAUUGAAUAACUACAUGUGAAUACAUGCUGUGUAUUCAUUUAUUGAGGUUGUGAGCUAAAGAUUAUUCAAAUAUACAGUUGAAGUCGGAAGUUUACAUACACCUUAACCAAAUACAUUCAAACUCAGUUUUUCACAAUUCCUGACAUUUAAUCCUAGUAAAAAUUCCCUGUUUUAGGUCAGUUAGGAUCACCACUUUAUUUUAAGAAUGUGAAAUGUCAGAACAAUAGUAGAGAGAGUGAUUUAUUUCAGCUUUUAUUUAUUUCAUCACAUUCCCAGUGUGUUAGAAGUUUACAUACACUCAAUAGUAUUUGGUAGCAUUGCCUUUAAAUUGUUUAACUUGGGUCAAACGUUUUGGGUAGCCUUCCACAAGCUUCCCACAAUAAGUUGGGUGAAUUUUGGCCCAUUCCUCCUGACAGAGCUGUAGGUGGGAGAGAGUAUAAGGACAAGCCAUGUGUUAUUUAUGUCACUGGUGGGUGACAGAAGGUCUGUGUGCCAAGAUAGAUUGGGGGCCACUUGUGCUAAUCUUAGAAGGGGUGUGUGAUGGAAUAGCCUGGCUAGGGUGCCACACAUGUAGGGGGAUCCUAUUGUAGGAGAGGAGUGACACUCAAUAAUGGUUGGCAACUGUUGGAUCGAAGUAGCUCGGAAAAGCAUUACAUAAACUGAGAUAUUUUCUAUGUAAGUAAUUCGGAUGACAAUAGGCUUCGCCCGUACCACUUGUCAUACAAAUCCAGUACUGUAACUAUUAAAUAACUAUGAAUCAACUCUCCAUAUAAAGUGUUCAACUAUUCUCUUACAUCCUGAAGUACUCAAUACCAGAGAAACUCGUCAUAACACCCUCUAAUCAAGGACUAAUUUAGACCUGGGACAGCAGUUAUGUGUAAUUAACUAUCAGGUAGAACAGUAAACCAGUAGAAUCCAGACAUUGUAGGGUCAGAGUUGAGUACCCCUGCCUUAGAAGGCCAGAACCAGCUCCAAACAGGACUCCUUAAUAAAUCUCCAUAUUUACUUCACAAACACUAAUUAUACUAGUUAACUACACAUAGCACAGACACUCACUCCUCAGUGGUUGGGAAUGGGUAUGGGAGCUGGACACGCAGCGACCCAGACCCUCUGCUGUGGGAGAUCACACCUACUGACUCAAGGUGGUGGGAAUGGGUAUGGGGGCUGGACAUGAUAAUGAUGUCUCCACUCCCCCUAUGGUGAAUUGCUGUACUGUAAACUUGUGCUUUAAUAAAAAAAGUUAAUUCCUCAUUUGUACUGUAUGUGCAUUCUUUUUUUAUACUCGUCAUUUCUAUCAUUGUAUUGAUUUAUAAAUACUAUUGGUCCUCUGAAGCGGGGCUGGUGGGGGGAAAAACAAUAAUUAUUAUGUAAUCACUGCCAUUUUUUUCAAGUAGAAAGUAGCAGUCAAGCUUCAGUAAGUUCUAGAAAUAGUGUUUUGCUUCUUUUUGACCAUUUUAAUGGAAAACUAUGACACUUCUGCAUUUACUUAAUUGUUACCAAGAAAGUAUUUGAAAAGCUAUUGAAAUAAAAACAGCUGCAUUGGGCCUAGAAUAGAAUUUAACUUAAGAAUUAUUAGUUAUUAGUUAUUGGCAAUAAGGUAAUAGAUAAUUGAAAACGCAUGAUAGAUAAACAUUUGUUUUCUUUAUUAGUAGCAUUGGUAUUGGUACAGGGCUGUCAUUCAGUCCAUGUUAAAUACCAUUAUCUCAGCACAGAAACGUCAUCCUUUAUAACUAAUCACACAAGCCUUUGCUUUGGCUCUUCCUUCUGUCCAGCUCAGGUGUUCAAUGUUGCCGGCCUUCUAGCUGCUGCCAAACCUGCUGCUGGCAAACGCCCUUCACUCAUCAACCCCGGACUUGUCUUGUCAUCAUUACACACACCUGGUUCCAAUCCCCACUCUAUCACUGUAAAUAUACUCCCUUUGUCAUUUGUCUUUGUUGGUCAUUGUAUAUGUUGCUUUUUUUCCUGAAUCUCCUACUAUUUCCUGAGUACUUUAUAUUUUGCACUGUGGGUUUCCUCCUGCUUAAAGCUAUGGUGCUUUAAUAAAUUCAGUAGUUCUAAACCUGCAACUGCCUCCUGCCUACUCCUCUCUACACUUGUGACAAUAACAUUGGAGUAUUAAUAGUUAGCAUAAAAUAUAUUAAUGCAGAAUGUUCUCUCACAAUGAUAGUUCCUGUACAUAAUAAUACUGAUUCCAAACACACACAAAAAUAAAACAUUUAAAAAAUAAUAACUUGUUAAAAUAAUGGCAAGUAAUGUUGUCAUGACAGCAAGAAUGUAUUGACAGUGUGCCAUCUUUUCUUCAGUGCAUACUGUAGCAGAACAGAAUAGAGAAAAUGAAACAAUGGAAUUGCCUUGUUGCCGUGGAUAAGGUAACUAGCCUGAUAGUAAGGGAAGAACAGACCAGUGUAAAAGACAGGUUGGGACUACAUGACUUCUGUUUGGUAGUAACCCAACACAUAAUGUCAGAAUACCUGGCUGAGGAAAUCCCCUUCUCUACUGAGCAAUGUCCUACAGGACUGGGACAAGGAAAUCAACUGUUAUUGGAUUAUCACUGACCAAUUAAAAUGCCUCUUCUUGAGAAAGAGAGAUAGAAGAGAGCGAGAAAUUCAGAAGAGAUUAAAAACACAAGGGUUCGUCAAUUCCUGUCCUGGAGGGCCGAAACACCUGUUUUUCAUCCUCUCCUUCUAAUCAGGGGCUAAUUCAGACCUUGGACAUUACAUUUACAUUUCAGUCAUUUAGCAGACGCUCUUAUCCAGAGCGAUUUACCGGAGCAAUUAGGGUUAAGUGCCUUGCUCAAGGGCAAGGCACUUUUCGACAGAUUUUUCACCUAGUCGGCUUGGGGAUUAGAACCAGCGACCUUUCGGAUACUGGCACAACGCUCUUAACCACUAAGCUACCUGCCGCCCCUGGACACCAGCUGAGUGCAAUUAACUACCAGGUAGAAAUAAAAAACAGAAGUGUUUCGGCCAUCCAGGACCGGAAUUGAAGAACCCUGUUGUAGACUGACAGUGAACCUCAAACCGAAAGACACAAACAUGGACGAGAUUGCAAGUGAAAGUUUCGUGAUGGCUUGCUUUCCGUAAGUAUAUACAUUUAUCUUUCCUUUGAUUCCUUUUUACAGAAAACCCCAGAGAAAAUGACCAUAUUGGUCGAGACAUCUUAUCCGGGGGUUUAAAAAAAAUGACAAAUGGUUUUGUGUCAUAACCGGAUUAUAGCUCCCGUACAAACGUUGUAAUUAAUAUAUUUUCAUGUCAUAGUCACCAGUCAACUCCAUGACACUCAAAAGUUACUUCAACUUCAACCAGUGAAUGCUAGCAAUGGCUAGUUAUGCUAGAUAUGCUACCAGUCUGUCUUAAUGAGUGUUAGCAUGCUAAUAGCAUACCAUGUACACAAUGGGUACGCAGUAGGUUGAUAACGAUGUGCAAAAUAUGUUGUAUGAAACAUUUCAAAGAACAUUCCCAACUAAUGAGAAAACAGUAAUGAUAUUUUGUUUAAGAGAAUGAAUGUGAUUGAACAGGUCAAACUUGGGCAGAUUUUUACUUCUGCGCUACAGUGACCAUAGAAGGAACCCUCAUGCUGGAUGUCCUACAGCAUCUGAUAUCAUAAAUAUUGUGAUUAUGACCAAUCCUAAAAUGACAAAGAUAGAUGUUCUGAAUACGUCAUGUGUGUUCCUUGUAUUUCUGAAAAAUGUUUUACUAGAUCAAAUGUGUGUAUGGCGGCACCUGCUGUAGUUUGAGUACUGACUCCACUGGUGUUAUCUUGAAAGUGGAAAAGAUCUCUGAGUGACGCAGCAGUUUGGGGCACUGCCGCCAUCUUAGUGUCACGAGUGUCAGUGUAAUGCGGUGGAUAGAAGUCAGGCGCAGGACACAGAACUCUAAGAAACGUACUUUACUAAAAUAAGUAAAGAACACAACACAGAAUACCUCCACACAGGGAGGAACUAACCCGCUCACCAAUGACACACGUAACAACAAAUAAUAACACAAAAAAUACCAAAUGAGAGACAGGGGUAAAUAUAGGGAAUACAAUCAAAUAUAACGGGGAACAGGUGUAAACAAUAAGGCUAAACUAGACAAACACCGAAACAUCGAUCGGCAGCAGCUAGUACUCCGGGGACGACGAACGCCGAAGCCUGCCCGAGCAAGGAGGAGGAGCAGCCUCGGCUGAAUCCGUGACACUUAGUAGCACUUAAAUUACAGCACAGCAUAAAGUGGUGAUAACAUGGUAACACAUGGUUACUCACCAUCAAAAUAAUGUAUUUAUUGUAAGUAACAAUAAAUUGUUAAUAUACUAUUACCAUGUUAUUACUGUAAUGUAAAGUGCUACCAAGAUCGCUGUAGAGCCACACAUGUAAAGUGCUACAACCAUCUUUAUAAGACACAGAUUAUGCAUUUUAAACUAUUGCCACAUAGUUCUUUGUUAUGACAGUAUAAAUUAAGGACUUAUUACAUAUACAACUUUUCUUUAUAGAGGAAAAAAACAGAAACCUAUUUAGCCAGGAGGGGGGCACUGUGUGUUUGUAAGUGAGUUACAUUUGUAAUAAUGAUACAUUUGUUUCUAUUUCUCCUUCAUGCUCCUCUACAGUAAAAAGAGGAUCCUGUCUGAAGUGCAUGAUGUGAACUCUCCCACCACAGACGGUUCUUCUGAUAGUUGCCAUCCUGAGGAGGACGUGGCUGCUAUAUCAACCAGAUCCCGCAGUGAGGGGAAGGAGAUCCACCAACGGUAUGCCCAAUUUGCGCCCUCCCACAUUGGGAACAGACAAUAGUGGCAGUCUUGUCAGAUUUGAAUUCAGUUGAUGAAUUAUCUAAGCAGGAAGUUACCACACUGUGUGUGUUGAUGUCAUGCUGCUAAAUCUACCUGGUUGCAACUCAACUCUAAGUUUACCUUGAGUUCAAUUGCAAUGAAUUUUAAAACCAAUGAACACCAUAGAGGUGUUUUUUUUAACCUGUUCUUGAGUACAGAAAGUUUUACGAAAAUAAACUCUGUUAUAAAAACUAAAUAUUUACAAGUUGUAUUUGAACACAUCUAAAAGCAUUUAAAACUCACAAAAAUUGUUUUCAACAACUAAUAGUUUGUGACAUUGAUGGUGAAUAACAUCAUUCUAUUUGUCCGUGUUUCUCUACAGUAAGAAGAGGCACCUACCGCUGUCUAAUGAGGAAGGGGAUCAUGGGUACUGUGAGGAUGAUGUGAACCUUCCCACCGACACAGACAGUUCUUGUAACAGAGGGCCUCCUGAGGAGGACGUGGUUGCUACAUCAACCAGAUCCCAGAGUGAGGGGAAUGAGAUCCACCAACGGUAUGUCCAACAUUUUCACAAUAUGCUUAUGGGCAUCAGGAGACAGAAAGCAAUAUAUUUUGAAGUCUUGAAUACUGACAUGCACAAUUUGACACUGUACCAACAGUGGACUAAUGUUAAACAUGGUAGUCCUACUGUUUUACACUUCAUGUGUAAGUCCAGAGUUCAUAGUUAUUUUCUGAAUCUUUGCUAGAAGAUGUUACUACAGUGGGGAAAAAAAGUAUUUAGUCAGCCACCAAUUGUGCAUGUUCUCCCACUUAAAAAGAUGAGAGAGGCCUGUAAUUUUCAUCAUAGGUACACGUCAACUAUGACAGACAAAAUGAGAAAAAAAAUCCAGAAAUUCACAUUGUAGGAUUUUUAAUGAAUUUAUUUGCAAAUUAUGGUGGAAAAUAAGUAUUUGGUCAAUAACAAAAGUUUCUCAAUACUUUGUUAUAUACCCUUUGUUGGCAAUGACACAGGUCAAACGUUUUCUGUAAGUCUUCACAAGGUUUUCACACACUGUUGCUGGUAUUUUGGCCCAUUCCUCCAUGCAGAUCUCCUCUAGAGCAAUGAUGUUUUGGGGCUGUCGCUGGGCAACACGGACUUUCAACUCCCUCCAAAGAUUUUCUAUGGGGUUGAGAUCUGGAGACUGGCUAGGCCACUCCAGGACCUUGAAAUGCUUCUUACGAAGCCACUCCUUCGUUGCCCAGGCGGUGUGUUUGGGAUCAUUGUCAUGCUAAAAGACCCAGCCACGUUUCAUCUUCAAUGCCCUUGCUGAUGGAAGGAAGUUUUCACUCAAAAUUUCACGAUACAUGACCCCAUUCCUUCUUUCCUUUACACGGAUCAGUCGUCCUGGUCCCUUUGCAGAAAAACAGCCCCAAAGCAUGAUGUUUCCACCCCCAUGCUUCACAGUAGGUAUGGUGUUCUUUGGAUGCAACUCAGCAUUCUUUGUCCUCCAAACACGACGAGUUGAGUUUUUACCAAAAAGUUCUAUUUUGGUUUCAUCUGACCAUAUGACAUUCUCCCAAUCCUCUUCUGGAUCAUCCAAAUGCACUCUAGCAAACUUCAGACGGGCCUGGACAUGUACUGGCUUAUGCAUGGGGACACGUCUGGCACUGCAGGAUUUGAGUCCCUGGCGGCGUAGUGUGUUACUGAUGGUAGGCUUUGUUACUUUGGUCCCAGCUCUCUGCAGGUCAUUCACUAGGUCCCCCCGUGUGGUUCUGGGAUUUUUGCUCACCGUUCUUGUGAUCAUUUUGACCCCACGGGGUGAGAUCUUGCGUGGAGCCCCAGAUCGAGUGAGAUUAUCAGUGGUCUUGUAUGUCUUCCAUUUCCUAAUAAUUGCUCCCACAGUUGAUUUCUUCAAACCAAGCUGCUUACCUAUUGCAGAUUCAGUCUUCCCAGCCUGGUGCAGGUCUACAAUGUUGUUUCUGGUGUCCUUUGACAGCUCUUUGGUCUUGGCCAUAGUGGAGUUUGGAGUGUGACUGUUUGAGGUUGUGGACAGGUGUCUUUUAUACUGAUAACAAGUUCAAACAGUUGCCAUUAAUACAGGUAACGAGUGGAGGACAGAGGAGCCUCUUAAAGAAGAAGUUACAGUUCUGUGAGAGCCAGAAAUCUUGCUUGUUUGUAGGUGACUAAAUACUUAUUUUCCACCAUAAUUUGCAAAUAAAUUCAUAAAAAAUCCUACAAUGUGAUUUUCUGGAAAAAAAAUUCUAAUUUUGUCUGUCAUAGUUGACGUGUACCUAUGAUGACAAUUACAGGCCUCUCUCAUCUUUUUAAGUGGGAGAACUUGCACAAUUGGUGGCUGACUAAAUACUUUUUUUCCCCACUGUAUCUUUAGCUCUCUUUCACCCCUCACUAACAGGCUACAAAUUGCUCAUCUAAUUUAGCUAUUUUGAUUCCCCUUACAGAGAGAGCCCCAGUCCUAUUAUCAUCAACGCUCCAGACCAGCCAACGGACCCCCAAAAUCAAGUUGAUUUUGAUUUACGUGAAACAUUUUGCAUUUUACAAAAAAAAGUUUGCAUUCAAAAAAUGAAUAAGAAAUAUACAUGGCCAUUCUUAAAUCCAACUGGUGUUCUGUAUGUUGCAAUUUUGGAACUUGAGAAUAUAGAAAACAAACCUCUAAUAGAUAUUAGUCAUACCAAAGACUUUCUUUUUGAGAAAUAUAAAGAAAUGUUAAAAAAAAAACAAAUAUCCAUCUAUUUGCUCAACUCUCCUUCUCAAUAUACAGGUCAUAAAAUAAAGUAUGCGGUAGAACUAGACACGUAUCAAAUAACUAUCGUUCCAGACUGGCCAAUGGAAAACCAAAACAUCCCAAGUCCUUUUAAAAACAUUAGAGAAUGUAUUGAUACGUUCUACUCAUCAGUAAAUGCAGAUUGCAAGCAAAAGUUUGAUACGCAACAUGCAUGGGCAUUUAUAGAGUCACCUUGUGGUGGAGAACCUGUAUUUGUUGGAUUAUUUAAAUUAGAAGAUGGGAGGAAGAAGAAUGAUAAGGGCACAUGUUUUAUUAUUCAUACUGAAGAGUUACUUCUUGAGGAAGUCCAAAAAAUAUUGAAAAACGAUGAGAAAUUGCGAAAUACUAAAUUGUUUAUCUAUACAUACAACUCUCCAUGUUUGCAAAAUAAUGGUCAUGAGUCAUGCAUGGAUUUACUGUUUAAGGUUUCAGCAGAACUGAACAUAUCUUAUGGUAUAGAAACUAUUGUUGGAUACAGCAAAUGGUACGGUUUGACUGGAGAUUUGAAAACCUUUAAGAAUAAAAAUAGUCCCUCAUUUAGUCACUUUAAUUAUAUAUUCAGUAGUUCUAAUUAUGCAGACUAUUGUGAUAAAUUAGUCAAUUUGAAUGAGAAUUCUAAAGAUGUAGAACUUCCCAAAGAACUUUAUGAUUUUAGUAAACAAUUUAUGCCCAAUAACAUUUCAGAAGUACCUUUCAGAUUGCUAAAACAUAACGAUGUCAAUAAAAAAGUGACAAAUUUUUUCAAGACAAUUAGCAAUUAUCAUAAUAAAACAAAUGUGAAAACCGAUAAGAAAAAAAAAAAUAAAAGUCUUGACCUAACUUUUUCCAUACCCUAUUUUGGAACUCUUAAUCAAUAUCUAAGACUUUCGGAGUGUCUAGCUAAAAAAUUUGAUUUGGUAAAACACAUUGGUAAUGAUUUAGAUCGAUCUAAAGUAAAGUUCAUAGAAUGGUGGACUAAAACAAUGGAAGACCAAUUGGCUACUUUUCUUAAACGAGCCAUUCUUAGAGGUCUUAGUGAAUAUAUUAAUAGAAUCACAGUCCUCAAUCACAUCAGGAGGAACCCUGUGAAAUAUUUACAGUUUUUUCACUUACCACUAAACACUUUCCACAGCCUAUUGAAUAACUACAUGUGAAUACAUGCUGCGUAUUUUAUUUUUUGGGGUUGUGAGUAAAG